UGUACACUCUCACAUUCCACUGGAUAACAAAGUAUGAAUGUUCUUCCCAGAGCAAAUGCUCGAAUCAUUGUUUUCUGUCGGACUUUUUAAGCGACGGACACAUUGAUCCAGACAAGCAGCAUCCACAAGUUUAAGCUUCAUCACGAAACUUGGUCAAAUCUAUUCUUGAGUAUCAGCAGGUGACAACAUGUUGCUGUACAUGUUGGUCCUCAUGGCGUAUCGCAGCAGCAGGUGGAUGCCCAGGAAGCAGAGACUCAACUUCCAAAUAAUCAACGUGCUGUUCACAGCCCUCGUGGUGGUCCCUCAGCUGUACGUCAUCGCCAGGCCCAAAUCGUCAAGAUACUGCAAGCAGCCUUUAGUGAACAACAUGUCAGCGUCCAUCGCCCUGUCGCUCAUCGCAUCAGGUUUUUCGGUGGUCUUCACCCUAAUCGAGACAGUUCCUCAGGGCUUGUGGGCGUCCUUCCAGGUGUUUGGAUUGCUGUCAUUGGGACACGCAGUGUGCAGCGCCAUCUUGACGCUGACUGCGUCCGCAUGCGCCGCAACCACACCCGAGCUGUACCACAUGUCUCUGUUCCUUUCGCUGGCUUCCAUUCUGAGCACAGGUGCACUUGUGGUCAAAGGAGUCCUGUGGUUGACAGAAGGCAGGAACAAGUCAAAAGAGUCCAGCUGUCAUCCAAUCUGCUCACAUAAAUAUUUCAUGUGCUUUCCAUGCCGCCGGCAGCAGGGUAUGCGGAAGGAAACAGAAGCAUUGGAACUGCAGACGGAUUUAAUGUUCGCUAAAAACAGAGCUAAAUGCGGAAAGUUGUAG